AAACUGGCUAGACUUAUAUUUAAUUUGACCCAAUAAUUACUCAUAUCAAUUUUUGUUUUGAAAUUACACUAUGUUUACACACUAGCUUAAACCUAAUCCAGCAUGCCUCGGACAAAAAUCAAACUAGACCCGAAUUAAACUUGACUCCAACUCCAAACGAUUAAUAUAUCACGACGUGAUCCAAACCGAUUAUGAUCCUACUCGACCCUAAAAGCAUGUUAUCCCGUCACUAACCAACAUUUUAAACAUGCCACAUGUAAUUCCCCUAUGGGUUGUCAUCGUUCACGGUAGCACACGUCGUCAAAUCUUCGUUCUUUUCCACACUAUAAAACUCAAAAUAAGAGAGAGAAAACCCAGAAAUCUUCCCAAAAACAGAGAAAUGAAAGUGAAAGUGAAUGUAAAAGUAAAAUCGAAGAUGAAAGAAAAAAAUUCCGCCAUUUUUAUGCAACAUGCAAUCCUCUCUCUUCUCAUACUACUACUAGUACCUUCUUCCUAUGCUCGAUCAACCAUUGAUGAACCUUACGAUGUUCGUCAGCAUCUUUCUACUGUAACUAGAUAUGGAGCUGUGAAAGAUAUUGUGGAUAAUGAAUUUGUACCUUCUAAUAAAACUGAUGAUUGUACACCUGUUCAUAUAAAUCUUGUGGCUAGGCAUGGAACAAGAGCCCCUACUAAGAAACGAAUGAGGGAAAUGGAUAGGCUAGCCACUUCACUGCAAGCACUUAUAGCAAAUGCAAAAGAACGUAAAUUAUCUUUGGAUAAUGUUCCUGCUUGGCUACUUGAAUGGACAUCUCCAUGGAAGGGAAAGGUAAAGGGCGGCGAAUUGAUUGUCAAGGGAGAAGAAGAACUCUAUGAUCUUGGAAUCAGGAUUCGAGGAAAAUAUCCAACUCUAUUAAAUGAUGAUUACCACCCUGAUGUGUAUACAAUCAAAGCAACUCAGGUUCCUCGGGCAUCUGCUAGUGCUGUGGCUUUUUCAAUGGGGCUGUUCAGUGAGAGAGGAAGUCUUGGCCCAGGAAAACAUCGGGCUUUUGCUGUUAGUACCGAAAGUCGUGCAAGUGACUUAUUGCUGAGGUUUUUUGAUACCUGCCAAAGCUAUAAGAACUACAGGGAAAAUGAGGAGCCUGCUGUUGAGAAGAUAAAGGAGCCUAUUUUUGAUGAAAUCACUCAUGCCUUAAUCGGACGCUAUGGAUUGAAUUUCACCAGACAAGAUAUAUCUUCUCUCUGGUUUUUAUGCAAGCAGGAAGCAUCAUUGCUAGACAUAACUAAUCAAGCUUGUGAUCUUUUUAAUCCGACUGAGCUUGCUCUGCUGGAGUGGACAGAUGAUCUGGAAGCAUUUGUGUUGAAAGGAUAUGGAAAAUCUGUUAACUACCGCAUGGGAUUGCCUUUGCUUAAAGAUGUUGUUGAGUCCAUGGAACUUGCUAUCAAGGCUAAUGAAGAAGCUCUGCCCAGUGGGAGUUAUGAGAAGGCAAGGCUUCGAUUUGCACACGCUGAGACUGUGGUUCCAUUCUCAUGUCUUCUUGGUCUCUUUCUUCAAGGAUCUGAAUAUAAUCUCGUUCUUAAGGAAAAACCGUUGCAGCUCCCUCCUAUGCCUCCCAAAAGGCGAACUUGGAGGGGUAGUGUCGUGGCUCCAUUUGCUGGGAACAACAUGCUUGUACUUUACAGUUGUCCUGCCAGAAAGAGCAAGUAUUUUGUUCAUGUAUUGCAUAAUGAGCAUCCAGUACCUUUACCGGGCUGCGACAACUCUGACUUUUGUCCAUUUGAAGUUUUCAAGGAAAGGAUACUUGAGCCUCAUAUGAAGGAUGAUUAUCAGGCCAUCUGCACGGUGAAGGAUGUUGUGCCAGAGCCUGCAUACAGCAAGUUUUCAUCGCUGUUUGGUUGGCUGUUCUCCUGGCAGGGUAAUGCAAAGGAUUCUGACAAAGCCGACUUAUAAUGGGCCUCAUUCCUAUAAAGGGGUUCAGCCUUCUCUUGGAUUUGAUACUCUAUCUGAACAAGUCAUAAUUUGAUUUUCAGCUGCUGGAUCCAUAUAGCAGAGUUCUUUUUUUUGUUGAUCUUUCUGUUCUUAUGCAUUGAUUUUGCGGAACACAAAUAUGGAAGCAUCAGCAACUUCACUAUGCAGGACUGCUGUUGGCCUCAAUUUUAGAUCUGGAAGUUCAGUUCUUUUACAAAUUAAGAGUGAUUUACCUGGUGACAGUGAUGGGAGUGAACUUCACCGAUGCUUGCUGCCUCUGCCUAGCUGUGUUUUAUACUGGUUCGGUUCAGAUUUUACUGUUAGCAGUAUGGGGAUGUUCACUUGAUUUUAGUUAUUCCAAUCAGAAUUCCUUUUUCCUUUUUUUGGGUUUUUUUCUGGGUGUGUGUACAAUGGACUAUAGUGAAAAGACAACUCCUGUUAUAUUUCUGAAAAACUUUAGAAAUUGCUAGAAGCUAUGGGACCUCGGUCUCUUCAGUCCAAUUUCAUGCUUUAUCUUUAGAAAUUAAAACUAGAUGAGGUGUCCCAAUAUAUUAUAAAUUAUGCCA